AUGGUUUCAGUCUCAAAUUUACUUAAUAGUGGUCUUUUGUUAAUAAGUCAAAACAUUUAUCAAGAUGUUGCAACUCCACAAGAGUUAAAAACUGAUGGCUACAAUAUUUUGAAUUUCCUUGGUGGUUCUGCUCCUUAUAUUAGUAGAGAGUCUUAUGGUAUUGAUCCUGCUAUUCCAGAUGGUUGUACAGUUCAACAAGUACAAUUAUUUUCAAGACAUGGUGAAAGAUAUCCAUCAAAAAGCGAUGGUAAAAGUUUUGAAGCUAUAAACGAUAAAUUCAAACAACACAAUGGGACUUUUAAAGGAGAUUUAUAUUUUUUAAACGACUACACCUAUUUUGUUAAAGACAAGCAGUACUAUGAAAAAGAAACAUCACCAAAAAAUUCUGAAGGUACUUUUGCUGGUACCACUGAUGCUUUAAGACAUGGUGCUUUUUUUAGAUCAAAAUAUGGAUCAUUAUAUAAUGUCAACUCAACUUUACCAGUUUUUUCAUCAAAUUCAGGAAGAGUUACUGAAACUGCAAGAUAUUUUGCAAGAGGAUUUUUAGGGGAUGAUUUUAAUGAAGGUAAAUCUGUUAAAUUCAAUAUUAUUGAUGAAGCCGACAUAAUGGGUGUAAACACAUUAACUCCUAAACAUGCUUGUCCAAAAUAUAACUCCUCAGCAAAUGAUGCGUUAGUUAAAAAAUAUAAUACAUCAUAUUUACAAGUCAUUGCUGAUAGAUUAAAUAAACCGAAUCCAGGUCUUAAUUUAACAUCUAAAGACGUUUCGUCAUUAUUUUCAUGGUGUGCUUAUGAAAUUAAUGUUAGAGGGAAAUCUCAAGUUUGCGAUCUAUUCACCAAUGAAGAAUUUAUUAAAAACUCAUAUGCUCAAGAUUUGUCAAAAUUUUACUCAAAUUCAAUGGGCAAUGAACUUACAAGAGUUAUGGGUGCUCCAUUAUUAAAUGCCUCAUUGGCUUUAUUAAAAGAUAACUCAGAGUAUAAUAAAAUAUGGUUAUCAUUUUCACAUGAUACAGAUUUGGAAAUUUAUCAUAGUGCCUUAGGUAUACUUUUACCACCAGAAAAUUUAACUACUGAUUAUAUUCCAUUCCCAAAUCCAUAUGUACACUCAUCAAUUGUACCACAAGGUGCUAGAAUUUAUACUGAAAAAUAUCAAUGUGGUUCUGACUCAUAUGUUAGAUAUAUUAUAAAUGAUGCUGUUGUUCCGAUUCCAAAAUGUGCUACUGGUCCUGGAUUUUCAUGUAAAUUAUCUGAUUUUGAAACGUACAUCAAUAGUAGAAUUGGUGAUAUAAAAUUUGCAGAACAAUGUGGACUUAACUCCUCAGUUCCUCAACAUCUCACAUUUUAUUAUGAUUAUAAUACCACUACAUACAAUAUUACAAUAAUUGGUUCAACGUUGUUAAAUGCUUCCUCAAAUCUGUUAAAUGACGAGUCCAGAAAUAACAAAAUUUGGUUAUCAUUUACUAAUGAUACUGAUUUAGAGAUUUAUCAUAUUGCUUUGAGUUUUCUAGAGCCUGCAAAUGACUUACCAACUGACCAUGUUGCUUUUCCAAGACUGUAUCUUCAAUUGUACCACAAGGGAAUCGGUCAAAACAUUUAUCAAGAUGUUGCAACUCCUCAAGAAUUAAAAACUGAUGGUUACAAUAUUUUGAAUUUCCUUGGUGGUUCUGCUCCUUAUAUUAGUAGAGAAUCUUAUGGUAUUGAUCCUGCUAUUCCAGAUGGUUGUAUAGUCCAACAAGUACAGUUAUUUUCAAGACAUGGUGAAAGAUAUCCAUCAAAAGGUAACGGUGUGCAAUAUGAAGGUAUUUAUAGUAAAUUCAAACAAUAUAAUGGUACUUUUAAUGGAGAUUUGCAUUUUUUAAACGAUUAUACUUAUUUUGUUCAAGAUAAACAAUAUUAUGAAAAAGAAACAUCACCAAAAAAUUCUGAAGGUACUUUUGCUGGUACCACUGAUGCUUUAAGACAUGGUGCUUUUUUUAGAUCAAAAUAUGGAACAUUAUAUAAUGUCAACUCAACUUUACCAGUUUUCUCAUCAAAUUCAGGUAGAUGUUAUGAAACUUCAAGAUAUUUUGCAAGAGGAUUUUUAGGGGAUGAUUUCAACGAAGGCAAAACCGUUAAAUUCAAUAUUAUCGAUGAAGCAGCAACAAGUGGUGCUAAUAGUUUAACUCCAAGAAACUCAUGUCCUAAAUAUAAUUCAUCAGCCAACAAAGCUACUAUUGCUAAAUACAAUACAUCUUUCUUAACUACUAUUGCUGAUAGAUUAAACAAACCAAAUCCAGGUCUUAAAUUAAAUGGAAGUGAUGUUAAUGGAUUAUUUUCAUGGUGUGCUUUUGAAAUCAAUGUUAGAGGUAGCUCACCAGUUUGCGAUUUAUUUACUAAUGAAGAAUUUAUUAAGUAUUCUUAUUCAGUCGAUUUAAAUAAUUAUUAUUCAAAUGGUGGUGGUAAUAAUUUCACAACUACUAUUGGUGCAACUUUAUUAAACGCUUCAUUAGCUUUAUUAAAAGAUAAUGCUAACCCAAACAAAAUUUGGUUAUCUUUCUCACAUGAUACUGAUUUAGAGAUUUAUCAUGCUGCUUUAGGUUUAUUAGAACCAGCUAAUGACUUACCAACCGAUUAUAUUCCAUUCCCAAAUCCAUAUGUUCAUUCAUCAAUUGUACCACAAGGUGCUAGAAUUUAUACUGAAAAAUAUCAAUGUGGUGUUGAUUCUUACGUUAGAUAUAUUAUAAAUGAUGCUGUUGUUCCAAUUCCAAAAUGUGCUACUGGUCCUGGUUUCUCAUGUAAAUUAUCUGAUUUUGAAGGUUAUAUUAAUGAGAGAAUUGGCAAAACUAAUUUUGAUGAACAAUGUGGUCUCAAUUCUUCAGUUCCUCAACAUGUUACUUUCUAUCAAGAUUAUAAAAAUACCACUUAUAAUGCCACCUUAGGUGAUUUUUAA